AUGAAGAAGGUCGAACUAUCACGUGGUCUUCCAGAGAGAUGGAAACAACUCGUUCUUCAACUGAAGAAGAAGUUAGAAGCGCUAAAGGUGCGGAAUUCUCCUCUGAAUCACACGCUAAUUGUGUCGUCGACUCCUACGAAACCACCUAGCACCCAUCACGACGUUCCGAAUCAUGAAAACGCUGAAACUGAUAAACCAAUGAGACUAUCAACUAGGCAUUUUGCUGACCCACUUUCUAGCUCUCGGCAACAAUUCUUGGAAGGAAUAUUUACUACUGAAGAUGAAAUCAACAAAAUGGUUGGAAAGCCUUCGACUACAAAGUUAGGGACAAGAUUUCUAUCUUCCACAAAGGAAACAACUGCAAGUUCGGCGACAUCUAUUGUUGGGAUAGUUCAAGCGGCAAAAGAACCGACGAAAACCGAUGAUAGGCGCGCUCAAAGCGAGGGACCCAAAAGUGGUACUAUUUCCAGCACUGCGACAAUCACGAACUUGGCAGGCAAUUUUCCUAAAAGUUUAGGUAGUUCGUUUUCAGGAAACUCUAGUUUAUCCGAUUUAGUGACUUCAACAACAACAAUUCAAAUGAGUAAACAGUCAUUUAAAGAUGUUAAAAUGCAAACCGAUUCCGUAUUAUCCAAAAAGAAUUCGUCAGAUAAAUCGGCACUAAAUCCGUCGUUAAAUUCAAAAAUCACUUUAACUGAAGCAAACGUCAAGGCGUCGACUCAAAUUCAGUCCCUUGCAGAGAAUCUUACGACAAGCACUUCACUUUUAACUCCACAAAGUAGGACAAGAAAUAUUCAACACACUGCUUCAAAGGUUGCCACGGAAGUUACUCUUGAUUCCAAGAAGUCAUCAAACUUGUCGGUGAUCAAAAAAUUCGUGAAUUCGAUGGCUUUUUUAAGAAACAUCACUGUCUCUACUUUAAGAAUGCCAGAAUUAACAAGCAGUGGAGCUGGAGAUGUUGAGACAGUUGGCGGGUUUCUUAUUUCUAAAGAGGUUGUGUCAUCAGAGGAACUAUUAGAACCAAGCGGCCAGCGCGAAUCUGUACACGGUAAGGGUUAUGAAUAA